GUUGGAGAAUGUAUUAGUAUGUAUUAGUCAUAUAAAUCACGUAUCGGGAACUCCAGCGUCAUCGCUGCACGCCGCUCUCUUCUAGGAUCCGUCAACACCUCUUCCCAACGCUUCCGUCUGGCUGAACAAAUAAUCUUGUAUGGCCGGCAGCAGCACCGUUCACCCGAAAAAGCUAUCUGUUAUCGAUAUCUAUUUUACAAUAUGCGACCAUUUAGAUGGAGAAGAAAGAAACGGUCAACCGGGUCGAAUAUGAUGGGGCUUGAUCUUCUGGUCUCCUUGCUUGCAUUAUCCGUAUCACCCUGCAUCGCCGCUACUCGAAGUCCUCUCCAAAUCCCCGUCCUAGACACUCAACCUAUUGAAACAGGUCGUGAAUUUACAUUACGACAUAUGUUGCAUCAUGGAACGUACCGAGAUCCUCUCCUGCAUAAGCGACUUGACAUCAGGCCUGAUACUGUGCUAUGGGCUGCCUCAGAAAAUGGUGAAAAAAGGGAAUCGGUUCCUCGGUUUCGCGUUUCUUCAAGACCUAUCAAUAUCCACCGUCUCUCUGAUCGUCAUGUUUCCGUCGUUGAAGAUUAUCUCUCAACCGCCAGAAUGACAAGCUCUCCAGUAACACUCUCAUCAGAUUAUUGGACUCUGGACGAAGUAGACGCACCUGAUGUGACAGAUAAAGAGACGGUGCUUUCAUUAGCUAAAAUGACCUCCAACGCUUACAUCAUGAUUCCGGGAUCAGGCGAAUGGUUUGAUGUUUUCCCUCCUUUCAACCAUUCAGACAGCUUCGGAUGGGACUCUGAUGGACUGAGAGGCCAUAUUUACUCAGAUAAUACAAACUCUACAAUCGUGGUUGUGUUGAAGGGUACGUCUGCGGCCAUUUUCGAUGGCGGCGGGACGACAACCAACGACAAGGUUAACGACAACUUGUUUUUUAGUUGUUGCUGUGCCCAAGGUGGGCAUUACUUUUGGCGACAAGUCUGCGACUGUUACUCGUCUACAUAUACUUGUAACACAGCUUGCGUCAGGAAAGCUCUAAGACAAGAAAACCGCUAUUAUCGAGCUGCCCUUAAUCUUUACUCCAAUAUCACUGCAAUGUAUCCCGAAUCAAAUAUCUGGGUUACGGGACAUUCACUGGGUGGUGCCGUUUCAAGCCUGCUAGGGAUGACAUACGGAUUGCCCGUGGUCACGUUUGAAGCUGUGCCAGAAGCACUACCUGCUUCACGCCUUGGACUGCCUCCGCCUCCUGGAACCGAUCCAUCUUCACCCCAGGCAAGGAAUUACACUGGUGCCUACCAUUUUGGCCACACUGCCGAUCCCAUUUAUAUGGGAACGUGUAACGGCGCAACGUCUGUAUGUACACUUGGCGGCUAUGCUAUGGAGUCCUCUUGUCAUACUGGCCAAUUGUGCACUUACGACACAGUGGAAGAUUUCGGUUGGAGAGUUGGAAUCGGGACACACCGAAUCCAUGAAGUAAUUACAGAUGUUAUUGAGAGAUACGAUGACGUGCCUACAUGUGCCCCGUUCACAGAAUGCGUGGACUGUAACAACUGGAAGUUUUUCGAAAGCAACGAAACGACACCUACGCCCACUACCACCACUACGAGCACUUCAACCAGAACGAGAACGUCAACUUGCAAGACUCCCGGGUGGUGGGGAUGUUUGGAUCCAACCACGACUCCUACUACAACAGCGACAACGUCGACAACGUCUACAUCGACCUGCAAAACUCCCGGGUGGUUCGGCUGCAAGGAUCCUACCACAACAAGUACAGUACCUACUGCGUCUCCCGCGCCUACGAUUACUCCGACCUCCCCUCCAACGACUACUGCUUCCACGACUUCAACUUGCGAAAGCCCUGGCUGGUUCGGGUGUAAUGAUCCAACGAGUACCACGACCUUCCCUGCUCCAAGCACGACAUCGACCAGCACUCCUUGUUCGACUCCUGGAUGGUUCUGGGGCUGUCGUGAUCAAACCACUACAACAUCCGCAAGCCCUCCUAUCACAUCCCCACCCUAGACCUUUCUGCCCAUACAUGUGUCCCCAGAACAUUUAUGGGACUGAUCUGACUGAUCUGUCUAGAUCCCCACUCCAACUGAUUCAUUGACGUCACCGUGUUGUCGCUGAUAGGCAUUGCGAAGGGGACAACAGGAUUUUUCGGGUGAUCGGAACCUCAUUGGCAUCGGAACAGAACAGGCUAACAGACUACCUUCUGUCGGGCAUACCUAAUUAUUUCUCAUGACGAUACGUUGUUUUUCUAUGCUAGGCCAUUUUCAGUUUGCUAUUUCUUUUACUUUCAACUUAGGAGCGGGAAAUCUAGCAGUUGAUUUUUUCUACUUUUGGCAACAUAUAUUAUUUAUACUUAAGGGAUGAACCGGAGUUUGUUUGUCUUUUUGGCCUAUCUUAAUAUCCUUUGGAGCAAGAUUUAAUUAAUUAGAUACUUGGGCUCUUUUGAAAAUUCGAUACUGCUACAUGUAAGUAGAUUGUCUAGAUAGUUAGCUAUUUCUUUUGUUUGAUAGGCAGGCUUGCCCGGGGGGGGGGGGGGUGUUGGUCGGCCUGCAGGAGAAGCGCCUAGAAUGUGUCAGGAAAGCCUAACAUAUUUGGUUCAUUUCACUGAAACCUUCCCUCACCCCGGUUGGAGUUUGAGGAUAAACUGUUUUGAAUUUUUUUUGUU